AUGUGGGAGGAUCCCACCAACAGAACGCUCGCGCACGCGUUCCAAAAGGGGGUGGGAAAAGAAGUCCUCCGACUCCCGCCCCAGGGGGACCCCCACCCCCAGCAAUCCUGGCCGGAGUCCGCUAGAGAACGCGCGUGCGCGAGGGCGCGCCGCCGCCGUCCCGCUCCGCCCAGCGCUGAAGGGGGUCUAGCGCACGGCUCCGGUCUUCUCGCCCCUCCCCAGGCUCGCAGGCUCGGAGUAGUAGACUCCCGCCCUGCGGAGAGGGACAGUGAAAGGUUCCCUGAGCAGAGGGAGAAGGCGGACGUGGCUAGGAGAAAGGAGAAACCGGUCAAACAGGGUGAAGAGCCAGGAUCCCCGGCUGGAGCCGACACAAGACACGCCUCCCUGCCUCACACCCCUCGGGGCUGCGGAAGUCCUCUGGAGACUGGCGCUGCACCGAAGCGACCAGUAAACUACGAUUCCCAGAAGGUGGUGCGGUGGCGUGCCUACGAUUCCCGGCAGGCCCCGCGCGCCAGGCUCUCUUCAGUGCGCUGCUUCUUAGGGAGAAACUACAGUUCCCACGAGGCCUCGCGCGAAGCGGCUUGGAAGUGGGCAGCCUGGAAGUCACUCGGGCCACUGGAGCUGGCGGCGUCUCUAGCGAGCCGCGCUGUGCUGAACGCCGCGGUCGAGGAGCCCGCGGGGCGUGCAGCCGGGACGCCCAGGAAUAGUAUCACCUUUGACCCUGGCCUUUGACCUUUGACCUUGGCUCUCGUUCGACGACGACGUUCUAAGGUGCACUAGCAUCCAGGGCAU